AUGAAGAAGCUUUUCUUUUUCAAAUCUUCAUCUGCUAAUGGAACUGAUAAACAGCAGAUCCGCCGGGAGAAAGAAUCAGAAACUAGUUCGAAGAAUCUCUCUAUGAAGGAACAGAGUGGAGAAUCUGGUGCUCAGGCUCUUCUUAGACGAAGCCGUUCAUUUUCUUCCGCAGCUUUUCUCCUUGAAGCUUCUUCAAAUGAUCCAAUUAGUGCUACUAGAAGCAGUCGACAGCAAAAUCAUUCAUCUCGUUUCAGAUGUUUUACUCCGGAAAGACAAUGUAAAAAAGCAGAACAUAGUCACGUGUACAAAGUACAUGAUUCAUCUGUGUCAACUUGUUCUAGCCAAGUCUUGGACCGUUACAUUGACGGAGAAGAGCACACAGAACGGAGCAAGCAAAAGAGCGGUGGCUCUUCACGUAGCAGCAGCAAAGGAAGGAGGCUUCCACCGCGAGCUCAGAGCCCUUCACCACUCUCGGAUACUACUACUGUGAAGGACAAACGAGGAUCUAAUGGUUAUGCAGAAAUUGGUUUGAGGGAUGUAUCGCCUCGUUCACUUGCGAGAAGCGUGAUCAAAAGACUCUCUCACACUCACGGGAAGUCAAACGCGUCGAGUUAUGACCCCAUCAGGGUACAAGACGUCUAUGGUGGGAACAACGGUGAAACACUCGACUCAAGCUUGGAUGUUUUCGCCAAUCUUUCAUUGGCUGAACGUAAAGAACCGGUGAAUGGAGGAUACUACACGGAUGAUCACGUAGAUGCAAGCUCCGAGCUGGAGAAGAAGUAUAGAGAAGCUGAGAAGAGAGUGAAGCUGCUUUCUGAAGAGCUUGAGGAGCAGAAGUUUCUUUCGGACUGUGACUUUGAUGUAUCGUCUUUGGUUGGUGAUAUUAGACAAAUGGAGGAAGAGAGAGUAGGCUUGGCUUUCGAGGUUUUGAGUCUCUUGCGUUCACAGAUGGAUGAGAGAGCUUCUGCUAGGGAAGAGAUCAGACGUGCAAAGACUGAUUGGGACUUGCAUGUAAAGAGGCUUGAGAAAGAGAAGAGCGAGUUACAGUUUGGAUUGGAGAAAGAGUUUGAUAGAAGGUCAAGCGAGUGGACUUCGAAGCUCGAGAGUCUCCAGAGCGAGGAGAAGAGGCUGAGGGAGCGUGUGAGAGAGCUCGCCGAGCAUAAUGUCUCUCUCCAGAGAGAAGUCUCGACUUUUCAUGAGAAGGAAACAGAGCGCAUCGAUAUGAUCAGACAGUUGGAUGAGACUGUUGCGGAGCUGAGCUCAAGAGAAGAGGAAACGCGUGAAGAGAAUCGGUACCUUACGCAAAACCUCUCCAAGCUGCAAGACAGUUACAGUGGGACUAGAGAGGAUCUUGAUUGCGUGAGAAGGAACUUUGAAGAGAAAGACAUGGAGUGCAGGGAGCUACACAGAUCUGUCACGAAGUUUCUAAGAACGUUCAAAGAACAAGAGAGGACGAUUCAGGGGCUUAGAGAUGGACUCUCCGAGGAAACUAAGAAGCAACAACCAUCGGAGAAACAUGAACAGAUGGAACACUUGAGAUUGACAGGAGUUGAGCUUUCACUUAGAAAGGAGAUAGAAUCGAUGAAGCUCGAAGCUGAGUCUCUCCGUCGUGAUAACAUAUGUCUGAUGAGCCGAGUAAAAGGAAACGGAGAAGAAGUUGAUGAGAUCACGUCGAGCAUCAAGCUGGAUAAUGAGAUGAAGAUGCGUGUGUGCCUCUUGCAAGACCAAGGGAUCUUGAUGUUGAACGAGAGCACGCAGCUAUGUUACAAGUUUCUCAAGUUCGUCAAGGAGAAGUUAUCUCACUUCCCUGAGGCUUACCAUCAGGAGACGCAUUCAGUGAUGAGUAAUGGACUGAGUGAGCAGUUUCUGAUUGAAUCUGAGAUGAGAGUUCAUGGGAUACGGCGUGGAACUGAAAGCCUGAAGAGGAGUUUGCAGACAGUCACCAGUUUGUUGCUUGAGAAAUCCAAUGAGAUUGCAUCAAACUCAGAAUCAUUGCCUAGCGAGCAAAACAACAAAUCAGUGGAGAAGUUCCUGAGAGCUGAGCUGAGAGCAGAGAGUCUAGUCACGAGCUUGUUAAGAGAGAAACUGUAUUCCAAGGAAGAAGAAAUCGAGCAGCUGCAAGCAGAAGUAGCAGCAGGAGUACGCGGGAACGAAGUUCUACAAUGUGAAAUCCAAAACGUCUUAGACAACCUAUCAGUAAAUACCCACCAAUUCAAAGACCUGAAGCUGCAGAUGGUGAAGAAGGAGGAGAAAGUGAACCGGCUUGAAACCAAUCUGCAACAAGCUGCUAAAGAAUUGGGUAGCAUGAAAGUUGCGUUACCAAAAGUGUUGGAGGAAAGUGAAGAGAUGUGGAAGGAAGUGAAGGAAAGCAGAAAGAGAAACAUGGAUUUGGAGUUAGAGAAGGAGAUGUUGAAGAACAAGGUAGAGAAACUGGAAGAGGACACACUCAUUAAAGAAGGUCAGAUCACGAUUCUUAAAGACUCGCUUGGAAGCAAGCAUUUCGAUCUUCUCUCAAGUCCUGACUUCUCAUAUAACGAUUUCUUAGUCCAAUAA